AGGGUGUGGAGAAGAGGGGAGGAACAACGUUUGGGGGUGAGAUAAUGAGCAGCAGCAGCAGCUUGGUGUCCGCCAUUUCUCCAGCAGCCACUACUGCUCGUCCUCGCCAUGGCGCAGUGAAGCAACAGCUGAGCAUAAAGGCGAAGCCACAUCAGAAGCACGCUGCUGGCUGCUGGGAAAGCACUGGCAAUGGUAGGGCAGUUGUGGCGAGGGCCGGGCCAGGGCCUCUGACAGAGAUUGAGCCGGACCUGCAGGAGGAUCCCAUCGACAGGUGGCGUACCAAUGGCGUCAGCCCGGAUGACUUUGUGUAUGGAGUGUAUGACGGCCACGCCACCUAUGAUGAAGGCCAAGAAAGGAAAGGCUUCUGGGAGGAUGUCUCCGAGUGGUACCAAGAAGCUGAGCCUCCUCAGGGCUUCCAAGCACUCAUCUCCUGGUCAUUUCUUCCUGCGGUCAUCCUUGGCAUGGCUUUCGAUGUGCCGGGGGAGUACCUUUACAUUGGGGCAGCUCUCUUCAUCAUUGUGUUUUGCAUCAUUGAGAUGGAUAAGCCAGACAAGCCACACAACUUUGAGCCGGAGAUCUACAUGAUGGAGAGAUCAAAGCGAGACAAGCUCAUCGCGGACUACAACUCCAUGGACAUCUGGGACUUCAACGAGAAGUACGGCGAGCUCUGGGACUUCACUGUCAACGGAGAGGACAUCGUGAAAACAUAGGCACCAUUUAGAAAUGGUGGUCACAUUGGCUAGGUACAGUUGGAGGUCAGACGACAUGUAUAUGAUAUAAACAUCCUCUAAGGAAAUUAAGAAUGACAUAGCUCCAAGAAAAAUGAUCUUUAAAUAAAGCAGCAGAGCUGAAGAGUUUGUUUCA